AUGCAAACGACUAUUUUAACUUCGCAGGUUAAAGUGUCACUUCUAACGGCAGAUGAGGAAGUCGUAUUCGUUGACUUUAACGGUGUUGACAGCAACAAAGUAAACUGGUUUUCUCAAGACAGGAUAAUGCGUUCUUCAUUCUCAGACCUCCCUUACUCGGAACCCAUGCAGUAUGCAAGCAUCGCAGGCUCGGGACAGCAUAGGAGGUUUUUCUUGCAGAAAAGCUACGAAACCUGUGCAACUGACGCUGGCUGGAUGGUCAUUGCUGAUGAACUAAAACCGGGAGUUCCUGAACUCCCAUGUGAGUGGGAGCGAAUGAAGCCGCGUCCCACCUUCCUCUAUUGCCCCAAUGGGAGCAGUUGUGUAAACAUCGAAUACGUUGCUGCCGAUACAUUUCUGAUUUUGGUGCAGCGUGCCUAAUACAGGACUACAAGGCAGCCUGGCAGAUAUCAUAGGAAAGCCACGUACGGCACGUCGUCUACUACAGCACUGAUUGUGUAGUAUAGGACGCACGUGAAUUCCAGCACGCAUGGUUCUACAAAUACGACUUCUAAUCCAUAUUCACCACUGCUGACAGUUAUGUCUGGUUUCAGAAUACCGGUAUAUAAUAAAAUUAAUAUCUUAAUAGUUUAACAUUCAUGAACGAAAGUUACCAUGUACCCUAACCUAACGCAUGCAAAAACAAUACUAAUAACACACGACUUUAGUUUUUUAAACUCCUCUAGUAUGGUAGAGUAAUAUGUAAUAUGCUAUAGUACCAUGACGUGAUGUAUACGGAUAGGAGAGGCGUGGAAGCAGGCGGAACUUUAUCUAGAAACUUCAUCUAAUUCUACUUGGAAGCUAUGUUCAAGCUCAUAUGUCGAUUGUUGUAUGUAUGACUGCUAUAAUAUGACGGUUAUAGGCU